CGAAAACAUUCGUUUAAUACAUUGAGAACUACAAGCAACCUAAUAAAAUGGCAACGUGUGUAAAAGUGGCGGCUAAGCCUUAACCGAUGGUUAAAAGCAUGGGCUAAACGUUAGCUAGCAGCUAAAAUUCAGACGAGCUUUUACACGUGUAUCGGUUUGAUUGAUCUUUUUGUGGACCCUUGCUUUUCAUCCUUUAUUUGUCGACAGGCUUAAGCCGACGACUCUUAUUUGGUGUUGCUAAUUGGUUUUGGAUGUACAUUUUCAAACAUGUCAAUGUCAAUUUUGUUAAAUAAACAUGUCCGAUUUUCAUGAUUCAAGAAUCAAGAUUCGGAUGGCCCGAUUCGCGUCUUUUCCCGCGAAUAUCUCUUCAUUCUUCCCUGUCCUCUGUUUUCCCCAAAUCCAACAAACUUUUGAUCCAAAAUCCAAUCUGAAAAACCUAGAAACCAUCAUCAUCAUCUUCAACACCUUCGAUCCUCCUCACUAACCACCACACUCUGAAAAUCAAAUCACAAUGUCAUGAACACCAACAACAACAUUAUCUCCACUAAUGUCAAUUCCACCGCCUUCUUCAUCAGAACCCGAACAAACCUCUCACAAUUCCCUCGAUCAUGUCUACAGAAACCUCCAUCAGAAUUGCCAAACCUCCCAUUCCAUCGUCAAAUUGAGGAAAAUCCCCCCCAUUCCCAUUCGCCAGAGCCACAGCAUGGAAGAUAUGGGGGAAUUCAGCGACCCCGACGACGACGACGACACCGAUAACAACAACCACGACCUUAAUUAUAACCGUCAGCUGGAAGAAGAUUACUUGCUCCAUGCUUCUGCCCUUGGCCUUAACCACAUUCGCACUUGCUCUGUUCCUUCUCCUCUUCGGCUUGGUUCUUCCGCUACGGCUAGCCCUUCCAAUUUGGGCACUAGUAAUAACAAAGAUAAGAGUGUUAUUGCGCCGCGGGGAGAAGUGCACACCAAACAGUUUCCUAGGUGUGCUGAUCCAGGGAAGAAGGUAUCAUGGAGUCAAUCUAAAUCCUUACGAGUUCUUCCACCACCCAUUGGUGGACUGGAGUUGCAGGGUAAUGCAGCUAUAUCUAAGGAAAUGCAAUCUCCAAGGUUUCAAGCCAUUCUGCGGGCCACAAGUGGUCUUAAAAAAAGAGCCUCGGAUCUCAAGACUCUCUCUCACGAACUCAAUUCCAAAGGAGCUCGGCCUCUGCCUUUUUCUAAAUCUCGUGGAUUUGGGCGCGUGGAGGAGAUUUUAGUAAUGCUUAGGGGGAAGUUUGAUAAAUUAAAGGAAGAAGUCGAUGCUGAUCUGGGUAUAUUCGCUGGUGAUUUGGUGGGCAUACUAGAAGAAACUUCGGUAUCUCACGAAGAAUUGCAAGAAAACUUGGAGGAUUUGUUAAUUAUUGCAAGAAAGUGUGCAAAAAUGGCACCCAGUGAAUUUUGGUUGAAGUGUGAAAACAUUGUUCAGAUUUUAGACGAUCGCCGUCAAGAUUUACCAACGGGUAUCCUCAAACAAGUUCAUACCCGUCUUUUGUUUAUCCUUACACGAUGCACUCGGCUUGUCCAGUUCCACAAGGAAUGUGGUUAUGAAGAAGGUCACCAUGUUUUAGGUCUUCACCAGCUUAGUGAUCUUAGUGUUUAUCAGAAGGUUUUAGAGUCUACAUACCAAAACGCCAGUAGCUCGUUAGGAGAAACCGAAGCCAACGAAACACAAAUUGACCAAAAUCAAGCAAAAUUAAACGUAGAUGACAGAGUUGACGAUGUGGAUGUUAGUACUGCUAAAAGUGUUACUCCAUCUAGUAGUUUCAGAACCUCAUCUUGCAUUAAGUUUUCAUCUACCGUAGAUAAGAAUCUCAAAGGCCAUGAUGACGUGGACACCCCAACAAAUGACGUGUCUGACCGAUUUGACUCUAAAGAUGAUCAUUUAUUAACUAUUGGAAUACCAGUUUGCACUCCUGAGGAGUUGGAGAUGCCGUCAAAUCUAACAAGAGUUACAUCCGAUGCUUCGGUAUCUCAACAUCAUGCUGCUUACGAGAGUUCAUUGAUUUGUCGUAUAUGUGAAGUUGAAAUACCGACUGUACACGUGGAAGAACAUUCUAGAAUAUGCGCCAUCGCUGACAGAUGCGAUUUAAAAGGUCUAACUGUCAAUGAAAGACUAUAUAGAGUUGCGGAGACUCUCGAACGGAUUAUCGAUGCGUGUACACCCAAGAGUGCAGAUAAUGCUGUCGGGAAUCCGGAGAUUGGGAGAAUAUCUUCUUCCAGUACACCAGAUGAUUCUGAUGAAUCAUCGCCUAGAAAGCAACGUUUGACUUGUCAAUGCUCUGAAGAAAUACUAGAAUGUAUUCAUGAAGCUGAUAGUAGGUAUGUGAUGGAAAACCUGCAUAGUUCGCCUGAUAUGCCUAACGAAACACGUGGGACCCUAACACCCGUCACAUGUCACAUUGCUUCAUCUGGUGGAAGCUUGACACCUCGAUCACCCUUACUAACACCAAGAACCAAUCAGAUUGAAGUGUUUUUGAGUGAAAGAAAGACCGCAUGUGAGCAUGAAAACUGGCAGCAGAUACAUAAGCUACUGGAAAUUACGCGAUCUGUGGCCAGUAUUAACACUAACGAGUACAGUGCACUGGAGAUCAUGCUUGAUCAUUUAACGGAUCUCAAGUUUGCUAUCCAAGACAGAAAGGCGGAUGCCCUUGUUGUCGAAACAUUUGGUAGGCGUAUAGAGAAACUAUUACAGGAGAAAUACGUACUUCUUUGCGGGCAGAUAGACGAUGAUAAGAUAGAAUCCUCAAGUAACUUGGCGAAUGAAGAUAGUUCAGUAGAAGACGAAACAGCCCGUAGUCUGCGGGCCAGCCCUGUGAAUGCAUUUUCUAAAGAUAGGACGUCUAUUGAAGAUUUUGAAAUAAUAAAACCAAUCAGCAGAGGUGCGUUUGGGCGAGUUUUUCUAGCCAAGAAACGGGCAACAGGUGACGUAUUUGCCAUAAAGGUUUUGAAGAAGGCUGAUAUGAUCCGUAAAAAUGCAGUUGAAAGCAUUUUAGCCGAGCGUGAUAUAUUGAUAUCAGUUCGCAAUCCUUUUGUGGUCAGAUUUUUCUACUCAUUCACAUGCAAAGAAAAUCUGUAUCUGGUUAUGGAGUUUUUAAAUGGAGGAGAUCUUUUCUCUUUAUUGAGAACUCUUGGUUGCUUAGAAGAGAACAUGGCACGCGUUUAUAUUGCCGAAGUUGUUCUUGCAUUGGAGUAUUUACAUUCUUUGAAUAUCAUUCAUAGAGACAUGAAGCCGGACAACUUGUUAAUCGGUCCAGAUGGCCACAUCAAGUUGUCAGAUUUUGGGCUAUCUAAGGUGGGUCUAAUAAACAGCACAGAGGAUUUAUCAGGGACAUCAGGCAGCAGGGCUCCUGUUUACGGGGAGAACGAAGUUACAACCGAAAACGGUCAAAAACAAUCAGUUGUCGGUACUCCUGACUAUUUGGCUCCCGAGAUACUUCUUGGCGUGGGACAUGGUGCAACAGCUGAUUGGUGGUCUGUUGGUGUUAUUCUCUUUGAACUACUUGUAGGAAUCCCGCCAUUUAAUGCAGAAUCUCCACAGCAAGUUUUUGCCAACAUUAUGAAUAGAGACAUACCAUGGCCCAAAGUUCCCGAGGAGAUGAGCUAUGAAGCAUAUGAUCUGAUUAACCAGUUGCUGACCGAAAAUCCAGUUCAACGUCUUGGUGCCACAGGGUCUGCAGAGGUAAAGACGCACCCGUUUUUUAGGAAUAUUCAUUGGGACACACUUGCAAGGCAAAAGGCCACAUUCAUACCAUCUGCUGAAGCACUUGACACGAGUUAUUUUAUGAGUCGGUACAUCUGGAAUCCAGAAGAUGAACAAGUUGACGGAGGUAGUGACUUUGAUGACAUGUCCGAUACAGGCAGCACAUUUGGCGGUAGUUCAUAUGGCAAUAUGCUAGAUGAAGAGGGUGAUGAAUGUGGUAACCUGGCAGAAUUCGGUGCUUCAAAUCUCAAUGUGAAUUACUCAUUCAGUAAUUUCUCGUUUAAGAACUUGUCUCAGCUGGCGUCUAUAAAUUAUGAUGUGCUUGUGAAGAGUGCUCAAGACUCGAUAGAUGGUUCAAAACCAUAACAAGGAAAGCUAAUCCGCUGCUUUGGCUACCUAUCAUUUUGAGUAUUUAUGCUGCAUAUAUUCCUCAUCCUGUCAAACAAAAAUAAAUAAAUAUAUAAAUAAUUGAAUAAAAAUGAGUAUUUUUUUC